AGGGGAUGCGGGGGGGUGGGAAGGGGGAGGAAGGAAGGUAAGUGUUAUUGGAUACAGUGACUCUCCCCCAGCAAUCUGAUGGCCUUUGUGACGCUAAAUGAUACUUCUUGGUGCCAGGGUCUAGGGCGGGAAGAACAGAGCGGCCCAACUGCGCAGGGGCGCCCCCGGGUCUCGGGGGCGAUGUUCACCAGCAAGCUCUUCACCCUGGUGGUGGUGGUGCAGCCCCAACGGGUGCUGCUGGGCAUGAAGAAACGUGGAUUCGGGGCCGGGCGAUGGAAUGGAUUCGGGGGCAAAGUGCAAGCCGGGGAGACCAUAGAGCAGGCAGCCCACAGGGAGCUGCUGGAAGAGAGUGGAUUAAUUGUAGACAACUUGCAGAAGAUGGGUCAGAUCACCUUUGAGUUUGUAGGCAACUCUGAGCUCAUGGAAGUCCACAUCUUCCGGACGGACAGCUUUCAUGGGGAGCCAACAGAAAGUGAUGAAAUGCGUCCACAGUGGUUUCAGCUGGAUCAGGUGCCUUUCAGUCACAUGUGGCCAGAUGAUGUCUACUGGUUUCCCCUGUUGCUCCAAAAGAAGUUGUUCAUUGGCUAUUUUAAGUUCCAAGGGCUAGACACUAUCCUGGAGUACACACUGAAGCAGGUGGAGGAGGUAUAAAAAGGAAGAGCAGCAUUCCACUGUCACCAAAUGGAAUACGCCAUUGCCUAUAUUGGGCAAGGCCCCAACUAGUAGGUGUGAACCAGCCACUGCUGUGACUGCUUUAUGCAAUGCUCUCCUUUCUUAACAGAGACUUAUCCACUGGAUGGGUGAAGGAGAAAACAGUGACUUUUCUCUUGCGGGAGAUGAAAAUAUUUCUUGUGCUGGUGCAGUUCCAAGGCAUGGCUUAGUAAUGACUCCCAUAAUUCAAACCUGUCCCUUCUCCUGUAAUAAUUAGCUCAAUAAUCAGUUCCUUUUCAUUUGGACCUCUUUUACAUUAAAAACCCUAAAAUGAGGAUAGCAUGUCUCAUCUGUUUUAUGUUCCAGGGAAGCAACACAAUGAUUUCUGAAAGGCCCUUAAAAACUGUCCAGAAGUAGAACUGCCCGCAAACAGCACAGAGACUGGUGUGUGCUAAUUAACAACUUUCUUCACAGGCUACAGCACUGCCACUAGUGCUUCCUUUAGUUCUCAUCCCCUUCCAUCCUAUAUACUGGGACAGUGUGUUGCUCCCUCUUAUUCAGGGCCACUGAGGCUGGAGCAUUUUGUGCAUGGCUCUAGUUCUGUUCCCCUCAAGGCAGCAGGAGGUUGUGGCAAUUGGUAAAAGAAAGCACUGCAAGUGCUUAGCAUUGCUUAGGCCCUGCCCUGGUUCUCAUUUCUCUUGCUAUGAACCUUUACUAUUUAUUCACUGCUUAAAGGGUUGUUAAUGGUCCCUCCAGCACAGCUUUUCCUGUGAUCAAGGGAAAACGUGCAAUAAAAGCUUACAACCUCGAGCAGGAGCUUUCUAAUACGUUUCACCCCAGGACAGCAGCAGGUGAGCUGUAGGGCUUGGGUGUGCUCCAAACUCAGCAUACAGGGCAAUGAGUUUAAUCAGUCCAUACCAGAAAUAAUGAUACCGCUGUUAAUUUCUUGUACACGAUUUUUUUAUUUGUCUUACAAAUGCAUAUUUUUAAACACAUUUGGAGAUACAUUUCAAGAUUCUAAUAUAAUCUGUAAACAUUUCCAGUC